UUAAGCACCCCUACGCCUCACGUGGCAAUAAACCGGUCGGUGCGAAUUGCGCACCUAAGCGUAUCAUAUACAACAACCCUGUUAAUAACUCGCAGCGCGAACCAGUCGUCUCCGUCCUUGGCACGCGAACGGAAUCAAAUUCGAAAUCAUCUCCACGAAACUGAAAUCAGAAAUCUCAUAGCCGCCGUCAAGGUCUCAUCAAAGUAAAGCUCGCUAUGUCUGUUUGGCAUCUGUUAUUAUUCGUGAGCUGUGUUCCAGGUUUUGUUAUAUCAGCUGUUGUGACGCUUGAUUCAAUUAAAAUUUACAAUUCUCACGAAUGGCUGAAAACUUCAAAGCCAAUCGUGUAUUUCUAUUGUAAAAGGGAGAACAAGACCCAUUUGCCCGAUGUCAAGGAAGUUAAUGUCUCCUAUGCUUUCAAAGGCGAAGAAUCUUGGCAGCCUCUAACGGAAUUUACAAGUAAGAAGUGCAAGCGCUGUGGAUUCUACGAGGAAGACAAGUUGAAAUCCGAUGAUGUGUUUGAUGAAUGGGAAUUUUGUCCUUCUGAUUUUGUGGAUUCUGAUGGAAAAUAUAGGCGAAUUAAGGACAAGGAAUUUGAUGCUACGUUCUUGUGUCCACAGUGCGUACCUCUAGCUGCUGAUUCCAACUCUGCCUCAGGCUCGCAUAAUAGAGGGAGUAAAGGAAUGCAUGUUGCUGUGGUAAUAUUGAUUAGUGCUCUGGUUUCAACUGUAUUGAUUCUUGGGAUAGUGGUAGUGUUCAAGCACUGGCAACAGAAGAAAAGGGAGCAAGAACAAGCUCGAUUUUUGAAGCUGUUUGAAGAUGGGGAUGACAUUGAGGAUGAACUGGGACUUGGCACUGUAAUAUGAUGAAUGGUAUUAACUUGUUAUCAUCUGUACAGCCUGUUAAUUUUAUACACGUUUUGGAUGGAGUUAUACUGAAAUUCUGUGUA